AUGGAAGAAAAUGAAGGGCUAGAGAGAGAUGAAGUUCUCAGGGAGGUGCUCAGAUUUGAUCACAAAUUAAAGGAUGAGAAUCAAGAGGAGAAAAAGUUACGACCGAAUGUUGAAGAUAUUCUUAAGGCUACGAAAACAGUUCUCCACCAGAAACGUGACUCCGCUAAGGCUUUUGACUCAUUCCUUGAGAAAAGAAAGUCAGCCCAAUCAAUUGCAUCUCCUCUAUCAACUAGAGAGGAAGUACAUGGGGACAACGUAGCAAAGAAGAACGCCUCUGAUCUAGGCAAUUUGCAAGAAUUACCAAAUCAUAGCAGAAGCUUCUAG